ACCACUGCCCUCGAGUAGAAGCAGCAUUCUCGUCGAACCAAGGAGUCGAAGUCGAAGUCGCGCCCGAACUGUGCUAGCUCACAUGCUGGGUCUCUCGACAACGAGUCAUCUCCGGUCUACUGCGUUACGGAUAACUUUGACUGGAUGGCUAUGAUCUCUACAGGUUCCAUCGAUGCCAGAGAGAAGACAGAUGUCGUCGACUUCGUCGUCCCCCAUAUUAUGACUUUUGAAUGGCGAGCAUCUUCAUCUUCUCGUCUAUCGUCUUCUGGAUCUAUAUCCCUUGGUUCCCCAUCAUCUGGUUCAUCAUCUGGUCCAUUUUUUCUCGGUCCAUCGUCAUCUGGCCUAACGUCGCCUGAGUCUCCGUCUUCUGGCUGGCCGUCCCCCAAUCUGUCUCGUCCAGGUUUAUCGUCUUCCGUGUCCCGAAAGAAGCUCUCUGACAACAACAUACGCGACCGAUACCGUGGUUUCUUCUACGGCUCCAUCUCGAAACCGCGAUCGUCUAUCACCUAGCUCCCUCUCUUUGAUCACCGCGCUCGGCACCACCGCCGACUUUGACCUGUUGGUCGGUAUCUUCGACUCUGAGGAACGUACACUCGUGGAGGGCCCCCACAACGUGUAA